AUGAGCUCUGUGGUAUUGUUUGUAGUUUCUUUUAUUCUCGGUCUAAGCUGGAUAGCUGAAGGCUACAGAGAUCGCAAAAACUAUGUAACCUCAGUGGAGGAGAAGAUGAACCUGCUGGACAAAGAUAGAGAACUCAUUCUCGUACUCGAUAGUUAUGCAACUGAGCUGAAUGACAAAAUCAUCAUGUUGAAAAGAAUAGUUAAAGAGUUUAAACAGCCUUUGGAAAAGGCUAAAAACAGGGAUGAGGAGUACUUGUCCAAUCCCAUAAAUAGCUUAUCCCUCCUGCGGCAGAUGCACGAGGAUUGGGAACCGGUGGAGAAGCUCUUAAAGCAGCCAGUGGGACAAGAGAAAAUUGCAUUAAUCGAGAAAAUGCGAGAGGAUCUCCCAGUGGAAUACGAUCUGAUGGAGGCCAAUCAAGCCAUGUAUCGUAUACUACAUACAUACGAUUUGGAACCGAAGGAUGUGUCUGCAGGAUUAAUUGAUGGAGUUCAAUACAGGGGUAAGAUGUCUGCCAGUGAUUGCUUUACCAUGGGAACAUUCUCCUUCAAGGCGGGAAGCUACCAAUUAGCAUCAAAGUGGCUGAGUGUAGCCAAGGAUUUGUUGGUGGAUCAGCCACGUAAAUACCAUGAGGUGAUGGGGGUCACCAAGGCGGAUGUUACAUUGCUACUUGCUCGCUCCCUAAUAGCCAGUGGCAAUGUAUCCAAUGCAACCGACAUUCUAAUGCGGGAUUCCAUGUUUGGUGAAGCUGGUAGUGCACUUACUCUACACUUUUUGAGGAACACACCAAAGCCAAGUAUUAACUUGGAGUCCUGGGAAUCCGAUGAAUCCUUCAACCAACUCUGUCGAUCCUCGAGCAAAAGGCAGAUGGGUGAAUCCAAGCCCUCGAGGCUUCACUGUCGCUAUAAUACCACUACUACGCCCUUCUUGAGACUUGCCCCCUUUCGAAUGGAAGAACUUUCUCUGGAUCCGUAUGUGGUUUUUUAUCACAAUGUUCUAAGUGAUCCUGAGAUCGAAAAGCUGAAGCCCAUGAGCAAGCCAUUCCUGGAGCGUGCGAAAGUAUUUCGAGUGGAAAAGGGCUCUGAUGAAAUAGCUCCCAGUAGAUCAGCAGAUGGCGCUUGGCUUCCUCACCAAGACACCGAUCCUAGUGAUCUGGAGGUUUUAAACCGCAUUGGACGAAGAAUCGAAGACCUUACGGGUCUAAAUACUCGCAGUGGAAGCCAAAUGCAGUUUCUAAAGUACGGUUUCGGGGGUCAUUUUGUGCCACAUUACGACUAUUUCAACUCAAAGACUUCCUAUUUAGAGAGGGUAGGCGAUCGAAUUGCCACGGUGCUCUUUUAUCUUAACAAUGUGGAUCAUGGCGGAGCCACCGCUUUUCCCAAGUUAAAUCUGGUUGUGCCAACUCAAAAAGGAUCGGCAUUGUUCUGGCACAAUCUGGAUAGAAAGUCCUACGACUACGAUACACGCACUUUUCAUGGCGCCUGUCCUCUGAUAUCUGGCACAAAGUUGGUUAUGACACGCUGGAUUUACGAACUGGAUCAAAUGUUCCUUAUUCCCGCAGUACUUCCUCCUCGCCGUCGAAACUUUAGCAAAUCACUUCUUAAUCCAUUCUAACUUAUAGUUGUACCCCAAAGCAUUUCAUAGUAUAAACUUAAUUACCAAUUUUA